UUCUCUCGUCUACCUUCUCUACCAUUCCUCGUCCUCUGCUUCAAGAACAGCGUGACCAUGACAGUGUGGCUCCAGGCUGGUGCUCUGUUGUUCCUGUUGGCCGUCUCCAGUGUGAACGCUAACGCAGGGGCCCCGCAGCACCUGUGUGGAUCUCAUCUGGUUGAUGCCCUCUACCUGGUCUGUGGUCCAACAGGCUUCUUCUAUAACCCCAAGAGAGAUGUUGAACCUCUUCUGGGUUUCCUUCCUCCAAAAUCUGCCCAGGAAACUGAGGUGGCUGACUUUGCAUUUAAAGAUCAUGCCGAGCUGAUAAGGAAGAGAGGCAUUGUGGAGCAGUGUUGCCACAAACCCUGCAGUAUCUUUGAGCUGCAGAAUUACUGUAACUAAAGAACCUGCACAUGUCCUGUGACAACCGCCAAUGACUUCACCACCUGUUUGCACACAGGUAUCAGCC